AUGAAUCAAUUUGAUAACAGUUCGCGUCAAUUUAUGAUUAUCGCUGGUAUUGUUACGACUAUAUUUGGUUUAAUUGGAAAUAUUUUGAACAUUUGUGUUUUUACUAAUUGGUCUCGAUCUCGAACAAUAACAAACCAACGACCUAUAAAAAGUCAAACAAGUAAUAGUCCGUUGUAUCUAUUAGUUUCUUCCAUAGCUAAUAUAAUUGUCAUUGCCUAUCCAUUAUUGACUCGGAUUUUAUUCGAUGGUUAUGAAUAUCCAAUAACACAAAACAAUAUGAUUUUUUUAUGUAAAUUACGAUAUUAUGUUUUACAUUCAUUUGAUACCAUAUCUUGGUUAUGUCUUUCUAUGGCAAUAUUUGAUCGAUAUUUAGUAUCAUCACGAGAAGCUCGUUUAAGACAAUUAAGUAAAACAAGACAACAAACAAAAUUAAUUAUUUUAUUCAUUGUUUGUUUAAUCGGAUUACAUAGUAUACCAAUUGCUAUUUAUUAUAAUGUUUCAACAUCUGGUCAUUGUAUCAUUUAUUCAACUAGUUAUUUAUUUUAUUAUCGAUAUGCAAUGCAAAUAUUUCUUCAUGGUAUAGUGCCAAUUAUUUUCUUUUCAACAUUUGGUUUUUUAACAUAUAAACAAUUAAAAAUGAUUAAAAAUAGGCAAAAUACUAACAAAAAUAUAAAUGUAGAUAAACAAUUAUCACAAAUGCUUUUAUUAAUAUCUAUUACUAUUGUAAUAUCAGCUAUACCGUAUUCUGCUGAAAGUAUUUAUUAUUUAAUAUUUGUAGAUAAUGGUCAACAGCAAACAUCAGAUGUUCCUUUUUUCCAUAUUAUAUCUUCACUUUUAUUUUAUACAAAUUCAAUAUGUAGUUUUUAUGUCUAUUAUGUUUCAACCCAAAAUUUUCGUGUUCAAGUACAAAAACUGAUUUGUUGUAAAAAAGACUUAAAUAGAUUUAUGAAUAAUCAAGUCAAUACAAUAACCAGUGCCCAAUAA